AUGAGCAGAGGGAAAGGCUUGUGGUGUUCACUACUACUCUUAAAGUUGCUCUUUCAAACUUGUUGCAAUGGAGGAGCAUGUAGGCCUUCCUCUUGCGGCAAAAUCACCAACAUAAAACAUCCUUUCCGGCUCAAGGAUGAUCCCGCAAGCUGUGGGGAUUCCAGGUACGAGUUGUCUUGUGAGAAUAACAGGACGCUGUUAUAUCUUUUCCCCGGUAUAAGCUACCAUGUGCAGGCAAUAAACUACAAUAACUUCACAAUCCGGCUUGUAGAUCCCGCCAUUUCAGACUCAGGGGAUGACUGCUCCACCCUUCCCCGAUAUUCUUUGUCCGCUAGAAAUUUCAGUGACAGCUAUGGCUACAUGGAUAUCCCCAAAUACAGUGAACCAUAUGGAACUAUUCAAGAACGAACUCAUUAUGAUGUAGUAAGAAUGUUCGAGAACGUGAUCUUUUUGAACUGCAGCUAUCCGAUCAGGGAUGAUCCACGAUUCGUGGAUGCUGCUCCUUGCGUUAAAGAAGGAGGCAAUGUUUAUGCUGUUCUUGGAGACAUGGACGUGGGUGAAUUAAGAGAUGAGUGCCGUGUGAAGAUGGUUGCUGCCUCAUCCUUUCUUGUUCCACCGAGAUCGUGGGAGGAUUCAUUCUUCAUCUACCAAAACUUGUCAUACGCUGAAAUUCAUAGAAAACUCGCUUACGGAUUUCAUCUUUCUUGGAUGAUCGGCGGUGCUUGUUCAUCUGCCUGUGGCCAGCUGAGUUCUUGCUUCUUCAACGAAACCUCUCCAAAUCUCAUCACUUGCCGAGCGGAUCGCUGUUUCACUCCAAUAACGUUCAAUGAAUGCCAUUUUGCAUAUGGAUUUUUGACAGGAUUUAACAACAAAGUGAUUGUCAGAGAUACCGGAGAAAAAAUUUCUGGAAAAAAAAAUGUAGUAGCUGCUAUUAAGGUAGGUGCAUUCACAGGACGGUUUCUAGUGCCAUACAUGAUCGUCAAAUAUGCAUUAGGUGUUCUGUUUUUCUUUGCACUGUUGAUCUACACAUAUCAAAAAAGACAUAUAUCAAUCUAUGAGAAUAUUGAAGGUUUUCUACAAAAAAAUACCCUCAUGCCAAUAAGGUAUUCAUAUAAAAAAAUAAAGAAGAUGACAUCAGGUUUUAAGGAAAAGUUGGGAGAAGGAGGAUUCGGCUCAGUCUACAAAGGACGGUUAAUAAGUGGUCCCUUUGUAGCCAUAAAAAUGUUAGGUAAAGCAAAGGGAAAUGGCCAAGAAUUCAUCAGUGAAGUUGCUACAAUUGGUAGAAUACAUCAUGCUAAUGUGGUGAGGUUGAUUGGAUUCUGUGUCGAGGGUUCAAAACGCGCUCUUGUAUAUGAAUUUAUGCCGAAUGGUUCUCUAGAUAAGUUUAUUUUUUCUAAAGUGGAUAGUGUAUCAUUGACUUACCAGAAACUUUUUGAAAUAUCUCUUGGUGUGGCUCGUGGUAUAGCUUAUCUGCACGAAGGUUGUGACAUGCAAAUUUUGCAUUUUGAUAUCAAGCCUCAUAACAUUCUUCUUGACGAGAACUUCAUUCCUAAAGUGUCAGAUUUUGGUCUUGCAAAGCUUAAUCCUCUUGAUAACAGUAUUGUAACUUUGACAGCAGUAAGAGGAACAAUUGGUUACAUGGCUCCGGAAUUGUUCUACAAAAAUAUUGGAGCAGUAUCUUACAAGGCUGAUGUCUAUAGUUUUGGAAUGCUUUUGAUGGAAAUGGCAAGUCAAAGAAGAAACUCGAAUCCAAAUGCAGAGCAUUCGAGCCAAUUUUACUUUCCAUUUUGGAUAUACGAUCAAUUGGCUCGGAAAAAUGAUGAGAUAGAGAUGGAAACUUUGAUACAUGAAGAAACGAGUGAACUAGCAAAAAAGAUUUUCAUAACUGCACUGUGGUGUAUACAAUUAAAACCAAGUGAUCGUCCUUCAAUGAAUAAAGUAGUGAAAAUGUUAGAAGGGGAUGUUGCAAGCAUUGAAAUGCCUCCAAGGCCUUCAUAUUAUCCAAAUGAUAUGAUUCACAGGGAUUCUGAGAUUAAUUCAGGAGUAACUACUUUAAAUAACUCUUCAGGCUCUUCAGGUUUUGAUGAGGAGGAAAUUACAACCAAUCGUAUGUGA